GUCAGGCUACAAGUGCUGACGUAAGGAAAGGGGCGUGGUUUGACCGAGCAGCAUCUGACUGCUGAGGAGCCGAAGUGUCGAACACGUAAAAUCUUGUGCAGUAGAUGUUUAACUACGACAAGAAGACCGUGUCGCAGGAAGCGUGUCUACACAGUGAGGCUUCUCUGUAAAAAGUGCUAGGUCGGCAGAAACAACCGGACGGAUGUUUUUAUCACGAGUUCUGUGAAGCUCUGCACUCGGACCUCCGUCAAAACAAAAUCUGGACCGUUCACUCGAGCACAGAACGAUGUCAAACACACCAACGACCCUGUCCAGCUCCAUUGUUGAGUCACACAUGAACACACAGCUGUCUUACUCAAUGACCCCAUUGCAUGUUCUGAAAAGCAGAAGCCUGAUUUGCAAAACUCACAUCCGGUGAUGACAGAGAUUGCCAAGGAACCAGUCACAGGUGAGCUUUGGAGCCAUCUUUCAGCCACCUGUCAAUAAUGGCCCGGUUCCUGAAGCACUUCACCACGGUGGGUGAUAAGCAACUGAUUGAGAUAGAGGAGGAAGAUCUUCACAUAGCCAGCGAGGAUCUGGAGCCAGCAUCAGGAGACUUUGCAGAACCCCUCACAUUCCGAGCGUCUCUGCGGAGACUCUACAGCUCUGACCGUUUCCAGGUGCUGGUGGUGUGUUUGGUUGUCUUGGAUGCCAUCUUUGUUUUGGCAGAGCUUCUCAUAGAUCUGUCAGUGAUCCAGUUGGAGCAUGGGCAUGUUGCGCCCGAGGUCUUCCACUAUCUGAGUCUAGCCCUACUGACCUUCUUCAUGGUGGAACUGAUGGGGAAACUGUUUGCGUACCGCCGAGAGUUUUUUGACCACAAGUUUGAGGUUUUUGACGGUGUUGUUGUGGUGGUGUCAUUUGUAUUGGACGUUGUCUUCAUCUUCCAUGAGGAUGCCUUUGAUGGCAUGGGACUCCUCAUUCUGCUGCGUCUGUGGAGGGUGGCACGGAUCAUCAACGGCAUCUUGGUGUCAAUAAAAACUAGAGCGAACCAGCAGUUGCACAAGCUAAAAGAGAGCUACGACCAUCUUGUGCAAAGAGUCACACAUCUUCAGGAGCAGGCCGAUAAAAUGGCACAAGAGAACCAGAGACUUCAAGCUCUGCUAAAGAAAAAUGGCAUCGAUUUUUGAACCAUCGCACUGAAGAUCUGGAGACGAUUAUGGAAAUAUGACACUGCAAACCUUUUCGCAGCGUUCUUUGUAGGAGAGAUAAACAGCAUCUCUACAAUUCUGUUCAUGCUUCACUCAAUGCAUCAUAUUUCCAUGCUUCAUAUACAUCAAAGUCAUUUUAAAAAAUAAUUUUUAUUAAAAAAAUAACAUUGUAUGUAUAGGAUUUAAGCACCAACCAAGCUCUGUAAACUAUGGACAAUAUUCACAGUAUUUUGGACCACUGCCAGCUCUUGUCUGGUCAUACAAAAGGGAAGAAAAAGUCAACAGGAAGUUUUGCAUCAAUGGUGGGUAUGGCUCUGUAACCAGCAGUAGCGGGAGCUGAGACUGGCACGAAACUCACAGAGCUCUGAAUUGAAAGCACGUUGUCGCCUCCGCCCUGUGUGACAGAGGAGAGAUGUGUUAUUUAUAGUCAUGUUGUUUAAUUUGGAGGUGAAAAGACAAACUCAUGAGCAGAAAAUACUUGUCUUGAACAAACAUAAUCGUACAAAUAAUGCGAGACAACACAGUAUGGAAAGGCAAUGGGAGCUGAAUGUCCAUGUUUGUGAAUUUAGAUUGGGUUAGGCUAGAUUAGCUGUCCUUUACUGGUCCCACAGUGGGGAAAUUUGAUGAGUCUUAAAGUAUGACUGUCUUAAAUGUCAUGUGUUGUUUUGCAGAGUUGGGUAAGCAGCCAAUUCCAGUGUCAGACAAUGAACUUUCUGGGCAGUUUCUUCUGUCACUGAUCUGGCUCUCAGUCUCGUUGUAGAUACGUGUCGGGUGUCAUAUUUUGAAAAGUGAGUGACUAUAUAAUGUAAUUGAUGUAUACAGUACACUCAAUAUUCCAGUAUCACAAUCUGAAAAUGUUUUUUAUAUGAUAUUUUCAUAAUUGAAGCACACAUAAUAAUAAUAAUAAAGUCACAAAAUCACAUGCGCAUCUCCACCUGUUUGAUGUGUUCCAAUAACGUUACACUGCAGCCCCCAGCAAGAUGCAUCUCACGAUACACAAUCCAUAUGAUACAAAAAGAUCUGAUAACAAUAUUUAGGCAAUUACUUAUUUCAUUAUCAUUUCAUUUUGAUAAAAUUCAAGUGACGCAAAACGUUGCAAAGACAUUGACAACAUUUGCUUAGUUUUAAUUAAAGCAUAGAGAACAAGAAUUGCUGAAGUUACAAUUAUUUAAGCACAGAAAAAUGACUUUGAAGAAACCAAGCAGAAACCAAGCAAUGACAGUAAGGUAAGACUCAGAUUUACAUGGUUUAACAACAAGACAAUCACCCACAUGAAGGAAAGGUGUGUUAGUGCCUCACCAGACUGCUCGUGUUGGUGUAAAUGAUUUCUUUGACGCUCACUAUCUGUGCCUGGGGGUUCAUCAAGGAGCCAUAUUUGGUCCAUUCAAUUUCAAAAUGAAGUGACAAAGGGAUGCUGCACUCCUCGUUCUCCUGUAACACAACACACAGGCUUUUGGAAUUGUGUGUCAUAAGCGGUGUACGUCAAACACAUUAGAAACUCAUGCUGUUUCUUCAAAUCAGUUUCUUAGUUGCUACUGUCAGUUUUGUUUUCUUCCAACAGAGCUACACAUUUUCUGUAUUAACCUACAUUCUUGGCCUGUUUGGGCCACAAAUAUUUCUGGAUAAUUUUCAAAGAGUGGCUCAACUUCUGGGUGAUAGGGGUGGCUGCAACAAGCAGUCAGACCAGAUACUACACCACAGACAAGAAGCAAACUGAAAAGAGCUGGUUUAUUGUUCCCUUGAAAUGCUCAUAGCGCACCAAGACUCAUGUAAUGUAAACCUCCCGUCAACUGUAGAGUAGUUGGGGAUACUCCAGCUCCUUGCAACCUAUUCUGAUUCAGCCUUUUAAUUUCCACCUUCAUUUUUGUCAUUUUCCUCUCUGUUUCUUUAGUCACUCAUUCAGCUUGACAAUUUCCUGUCGUUGGCUUUUAACUUGAUCUGUCUCUUCCACGAUCUUUGUCUCCAUCAAGUUGUUAUCAUGUUCUUCAAGCCAUCUAUUCUUCUUCCAUCUGACUGUCUUCCAGGUCUGUGUACAUUGUGGUUUGAUUCCCAUUACAGUAUAUUUACUGGGCAACACUAAGAGGCAAUUUGAGCUUAUUUGAGAUUAUACUAGUUAGUAGGCACAGUCAAACCUCGCCUUCAACACUUAACCUAAGUGGGAUUUUGAAACCCUGAAUAUAACCUUGAUGUUGAAAGCCUCAUAAGCUCAUCACUAGUCCCAUGGUGUAUGGUUCAUCAAAAUUGUUGAAAUUCCCCUUAGUGGAACCAAUAAAGGAGAUUUGAUCUGAAUUAUAGCAGGGAUCACCAACUUUUUUAUCUACUCCAAGUCCACUGUGUGACCCGAAGGGCAUCAGUUUAGCACACGUCUCAGCAAUAACUAUACUAUAUAUAAUAUAUAUUAUUAUAGAUGAUAAAUUAUAUUCCUCUAAGACACAAUCACAUUAUUGAUUCUUCUCAAUAAUGCCAGUGGUGAUGCAAUGUUGGGAACACAAAAUCAAACAU